CAACGCCAUGCUACUGUCAUUGGUUUGUUUCUGUGAAACUUGAAGAGGUAGUAGUGGAAUUAUUUUUCAUUUACAUACUCAUUUACGUCCUCUAUUAGGUUGAUAUUUAUUGGGGACAGAUGUAAGGUGACCGUGAGUACUCGACUGUUUUAACUUGAGGUGACAAGUAAAGGUUAUUGACCAUGUUCUCCUCUAAAGUGAGUUGUGUGCAGAGGCUGUUGCAGUUGAGACACACAGCAGUUUGCUUCUCUGCUGCCUGUGGAAAAACAGCCUCCUCUUCCUCACUGGUUCUGGGCAUUGAGACGAGCUGUGAUGACACUGGAGCUGCUGUGUUGGACGAGACAGGUGCAAUACUGGGAGAGAGUCUUCAUUCACAGAAACAAGUACAUCUGAGGACUGGUGGUAUCAUCCCCACAGUGGCACAACACCACCACAGAGAAAACAUUGAGCAUGUGGUCCAGGAGGCAUUGGACAGAAGUGGUGUGGACCCGAGCCAGCUCACAGCUGUGGCCACCACGGUCAUGCCAGGCUUGGCUUUGAGCCUCGGCAUCGGCCUUGAAUUCAGUCAGAGGUUUGUGAGGCACCACAACAAGCCGUUCAUCCCCAUCCACCACAUGGAAGCUCACGCACUGACAGUCAGGAUGCUUCAACCUGUUGAAUUCCCCUUCCUGGUCCUGCUUGUGUCUGGCGGUCACUCUCUUCUUGCCGUGGCCCGAGGAGUUGAUGACUUUCUGCUUCUGGGUCACACUCUGGAUGAAGCUCCUGGAGAUACACUGGAUAAAGUGGCGAGACGCUUGUCCCUCAUAAAACACCCACAGUGCUCCAGUCUCAGUGGAGGACAGGCUAUAGAGCUUUUGGCGAAGAAUGGCGACAAGACAAAGUUUCCCUUCAGGACACCCAUGGGCCAAACGCACGACUGCUGCUUUUCUUUUGCCGGAUUACGCACUCAAGUUAAUAUGGCGAUAAUGAAAAAAGAGGCAGAGGAAGGUGUAGAAAAGGGGACUUUACUGUCAUGUGUGGGUGACAUUGCAGCUGCCACGCAGCACACAGUCGCCGCUCAUCUUGCAAAGCGCACACACCGCGCCAUCUUGUUCUGCAAGGCAAAGGGCCUGCUGCCAACUAACAGUCCCACCUUGGUUCUGUCUGGAGGAGUUGCAAGCAACCAGUAUAUCCGAAAGGCUUUGAGUGUCAUCACUGAGAAGACAGGACUGCAGCUGCUCUGUCCUCCAGCCAAGUUCUGCACUGACAAUGGAGUCAUGAUUGCAUGGAACGGCGUUGAACGCCUGAGAGAAGGGAAAGGAAUUCUGCCUCCAGAUGUGGAUGUCCGCUACGAGCCAAAGGCGCCACUAGGUGUCGAUAUGACAGCAGAGGUGAAGGCAGCAAAGAUCAGGUUGCCUUCAGUCAGGAUCAAGAUCCUCAGCUGACAAGACUGCUAAGGGUUGUCACAGCAGAUGAUCCGCACAUUUGAUUUGGCAGAGACGCAACCCAACGAUUAGGUGCCUUGCUCAGGUGCACCCCAGUCCACAGAGAGCCUCUCUGUGCAGCAUAAUAAUGUUAUGGUGAGCAACACUACAUGGGCCUUCAUGCACAGACUUGUUUGUAUUAUAUAUGGUAAUUUAAACUUUGACAGUUACACUAAUGGUGUUUAAUUGCUAGAAAUGUAUUAAUGUCUGAUGAGGGUGACAGACGGGGAGACAGAGGAUGUGCUGUGAAUUCUGAUUCACAGUUCUGAUACAUGUGGGCUCACUAUUUGGCAUGCAACAAAUCUUUUAAUUUGAUGUAUCAUACUGCUUUGAUAACAUUUAGAAAGUGUUAAUAACCUUAAUAAUAACCUAAAUGUAAACAUUUGUAAUUAUACUGCAAAGUGGUACAGAGAAGUAUGAGUGUUCUGGGCAGAAAUUUAAUAUAUAAAUAUAUAAAGUCCACCAUCAGGUGUUGCCAUGUUUAUACAGCAGCAGCCAGGGAGUAUGUUUCACAUUGUGAUGCAGAAUCUUAUUACUCAAAUGAAGAAGAGCAGCAUGAUUUCUGGUAUGCGAGGGCCACCGUAGUUCCCCGAUGCUCUAGGGUACUGGAGGAUUGAGUGGAGGAGUCCUCUGUGUGUUACAGUCUCUAACUUUAUUAGUUUGAUACAACUGGUGGGGGCAUUAUCGAGCUUUAGCUACUCGUUUUAUGUCUGAGCUGCUUUUAUAUGAUCAUAGAUUAUUGAGUGACUGUGACUGACAGUUACCUCGGCCUUGGUGAGAAUUUUGUCAGCGUCAAGGUCCAUCUCUUUGAAAGCUUCCAUGCUGCGCGGCCCUCUGGACACUGUGAAGAGCUCCACCUCAAACAGCACCGUAGCACUGGGUGGCACUGGGUCUGUUUACACCGGAGGGAAACAGAUGAUGAUGGUGUGCAUGCCGGUAUAAAGCCAUAAUAACCACUCAGGCGUAAUAACUGGGGCCCCACUGAUCCAUCAUUCAUUAAAAAUAAAAAAAAUAAAGCCUAUGAGCCUUUUCACAGACAUGAAAACCCAAAGAUAAAAGCUCUUAUUUUACACAAUAAACAACGCAGAACACGUUGACUACUGAAAUUGUGGCAGACAUUUUCUAGAUGUUUACAGUACAAUAAGAUGUGCAUUUAUAUUUACAUUAUAUACAAACAUGAUACAGUUAUGGUGAGUAAUAUUUGUCUUUUCCUUUUGGUUAUUUACAAUAACAUGUAGCUAUUAAAACAUAAGGCUUGAUACCAAAUCCAGGCUCCAAUAAUCACGGCAUUAAUAACUUAGAGUUUACAGUUUAUCAUAUACAAAUUGAUGAUUGAAGUCGCUUUGGAUAAAAGCGUCUGCUAAAUGACAUGUAAUAUAAUGUAAUGAUGACAUUUCUGUAAGAGUGCAUUUUCACAGAGAUUAAAUCUGAUUGGAGGUUUGAUUAUAUAUUCUGAAUUGUUUCAUUUAUGUCACUUCCGGCAUCAGGCACAGGGCUGUGGCACUUUACACCAUUAUUAUCCAUUACAUAUCUUUGUUUCUUUGCAUUAUAUUACUAUUUGUCAUCAGUUACAGUUUGUCAGUAAUCAUUUAUCUUUAGUAAGAUGCAUAAACUUAAAGUUAAGGGCCAACUCAGCCUCAUAGCAGCGUUUUUAUAGUCCCUACAGCUACUAUACAGUAUUUAAUCGCAUUUAAGUUGUAAAAGUGAUUGGAUUUAGCUUUGUCACUAAAGCAACAUGCUUUUCAAGUGGGUAUUUUGUUAAUGAGUGCGGGAAAAAAGGGACAAACUCAGCUCAAAGUUGUGAGUGAAUCUGACAUUUUGUGAACAGAAGCAACAAAAGCAUUUCAUCGUGUUAAAGCAGAUUCCCAGGUUAGGCAACACCAUCAGAACAUCAGCAUGAACAGAUUUGUCAGGGAAAAUGAGUGUCUAGUCAAAGAAAAGUGAAUUAUUAGUCUCCCGAAAGUCAGUCAAAGCAGGCAAGAAAGAAGAGCAGAGACCUUUGAACCUUUGUGCAUGCUUUCAGGACAUGCCAUGGGCGGAUGAGAAGCAAACGCAGUGAAGGUUGUGAUGCUCUUUCAGUUAAAGUGCUGAAAAAAGAAAACAAGACAGUGUGACUGAGGGUGGUUCGUCAAACACAGAAACUAUAAUAAACAGUGCAAGUGACUUUUAUUGACAUUUUUCAUUAGUAACUUGUUAAUCACAGCUUACAUGUCAUACCGCUGAUGAUUUCUGCGGCCAAUGACACAUUUAUCACAUGAUCCAUCACAGAAAACAUUUGGACAUAGAAAACACUUUUGGUAACAAGUUCAAACUGAGUGGUGAUGCGACUGAAACACAUUUACUGUAAUUAAAAAAGAAGCGCACUUGACUUUUAAAGGGAAUGAAUGAAUGGCACUUUGAUUGGUUCACUGCAUACCCACGACUAGCACUUUUUACUGUUUAAGAAAUUCUUUUAAAUUCUGUCUCUUGCUAUGUUUUCCCCAGGUUCUCCAGUUUCCUCCCACAUUGAACAUUCAAUUGGACACGCUAAAUUCACUGUAGGUAUGAGUGUGAAAGUGGAUGGUUGUUUGUCUCUUUGUGGCUCUGUGAUGGACCGCUUUUCACCCUAUGUCAGCUGGGAUUGGCACCAGCGACCCCCGUGUGACCCUCAAGUGGCGGAUAAAGCAGUAGUAGAUGAUUGAGUGUCUCUUGCAAAUCAACACACUGAUCAGAAUAACAGGCCCUCCUCUAUAUGAUGUGUCAUUUUACUCAUGCUGUGGGUUGGUAAUGAUAAGUGUGAGUGUAAUAAAACAUUUGAUCAGCUCUAUUAAAUCUA